UCAUCCCGGAGUGGAAAAAGUUUAUCCCUCUCUGUGCCUCAUUAGGACUGUGUGCUUACUUCCUUCUCAAUGAAUUACCAAAAUCAGCCAGCAGCAUGAAAAGCUGGAGCAGGAAAUUCACGAGACAAGAGGCUGACAGUGUGGCUGGCUCCUCUAAUAGUGAGAGGAACUCCAUUCGUGAUCCACCAGUGCCUGUGUGGGUUGCUCACACACCCACACCAGAUAAUAUCACAGAUGAUACCGAUACUAUCUCCACAGGACACACAUCCAGUACUCCACCUUACAAAGAGAGGGAAAAUAACGACCAAAAAGGAAGCAUGAAGGACAGGCUUAAAUCUCUUAUCCCUCAGUCAUGGGGGGGCAUCGUCCAUAAAUGGAGAAGGAAAAGUGACACUUUUACUGACUCUGAAGCUUGCUCCAGGAGCAUCCAAAUCCUUCCUAAUGGGACUAGGGUGAGCCCUCCGGUAAGUCCCCUGAUAGAGCGCAGGAACUGGGAUGACUCACUGGGCAAGUCCUCCCAGAGCUCUCAUAAGAAGUUGUUAAGGGAGAGCCCUUAUGAUGAUAUGUUCCAUCAGUCCUCUCGAGAGGAAUCUCUACUGACCAGUAUCCACCCUGCAGAGUACUAUGCUGAGAAGCUGGAGGUCUACAACCAGAAGUACUCGUAUUUGAAAUCCUGGCCAGGCUUGCUCAGACUCCUUGCCGGACUUCAGCUCCUAUUUGGGGGAAUGGUCUUUGCCUGUGUCAUUGCCUAUAUACAGAAAGACAGUGAGUGGUCCAACAGUUAUGGACUCUAUAACGGCGUUUAUAACAAUGGGCAAGGCCUGUCUGGGUACAGCUACUCAGGUCCUAUGACUCCCUUUAUACUGGCAGUAGCUGGAGUCACCUGGAUUAUAACCCUUAUUCUCUUGGUCAUGGGAUUGACCAUGUAUUAUCGCACCAUCCUCCUCAACUCCCAGUGGUGGCCUCUGACUGAGGCCUUCAUCAACGUGGCAAUGUUCCUGCUCUACAUGUCAGCAGGGAUUGUCUACCUGAACGACUUAAACCGAGGAGGGCUUUGCUUCAUGACAAUAGGUGUUAACCCCAUCAUGGCCAAUCUGUGUCGGGUUGAUGGAGGCCAGAUGGCAGGAACUGCUUUCAUCUUCAUCAACAUGGCAAUGUAUCUGGGAAGCUUCCUGGUGUGUUUGAAGAUGUGGAGGCAUGAGGCUGCACGUAGGGAGAGGGAAUACUUUGUGAACAAGCCCCAAGAGGAGUUUCACCAGUCCAUCCCACUAACCCCUCAAAGAACAAAGCGCAUAUCAUUCAAGGAUGAAAUGGACAAGUCUCAGAGUAAAGAUUAUAUCAAUCAAUAUGCGCUCAGUCCCGAGGUCCAUAAGAACCCAGCCAGUCUGAACAGAGCCACAGCAUCUGAAUACACCCCCAAAGUACACAUCCUUGCAGACUACAUCAUUAAGUAUCCAGAGAUUAGCUGUGUGGAAGAAAGGGAAAAGUACAAAGCUGUUUUCAAUGACCAGUAUCAGGAAUACAAGGACCUCCACCGAGACAUCAGCACCACCCUCAAUAAGUUCAGAGAGCUGGAUGCUACAAUGGCACAACUCCUCAGGAAUGGGAAAAGCCAAGAGGAUCGGCAGAAGAUUGAUAACAUUUUAAAGAAGUAUCAGGAGAAGAAGAGAGACCCUGCAUUUCUGGAGAAAAAGGAACGCUGUGACUAUCUGAAAGCAAAAUUAAGUCACAUUAAAAUGAGAAUCCGCACUUUUGACCAGGAAACAAUGGCAAGCGGUCAUACCAUGUACGAGCCUCGGUACUAUGACAGCCCUCCUGUUUACAGCCCUCCUUACAGCACCACCUCCCAAAGCUUCUAUCCCCCAAGGAGCGUCCACUCCCCCCAGAGUCAUUAUGUCUCCUACACUCAAAAUGUCCCUCCAGACUCCUACUAUGUGGAGGAGAGGCCUCAACACUUCUACCGUUGGUUUUCUCCCCCUGGUUUUGUCAAAACGUUCCAAGGAGUUACAGCACUCAUGUGCUUCAUCAUAUUCGCCUGCGUGGCUUCAACCUUGGUGUGGGACAUGAAUGGAUUAGGGUAUGGGGGCUACGGUGUUGGGUUUCCAGGGGCUCUCCCAGGGACAGAGUUGGGAUAUUAUGGAGGCAGCUAUGGCUACAGUAGCUCCUACAUGACGCCACAGUCUGCCAAGGCGGCCAUGAUUUCAAUGGCAGCCAUUAACUUCUUGGCUUCACUGGGUUUCCUAGUGGGGAGUUUCUCACGAUCGCGGAUCAUGAGGGGAUGCAGGUUCUACCUCACCGUGUUCAUCUGUGAUAUCAUCCUAGCUGUCCUUCAGGGCAUCAUCGACAUAAUCUUUGUGAUCGGGGUGAACCCGAUGUCUCAGAGCUCACAGAGCAUGCUGUACAACCCCAUGCUGAUGAUGUGUCAGAACAUCCAGGGCAGUCCCAGCCUGAGCGGCAGCUUGGGUGCUGGUUUUCCGGGGGGGUUCCCCAUGUACAAUCAGUACUUGCACCACUACUGCUACAUGGACCCCGAGGAGGCUGUUGCAUUGGUGUUGGGUCUGAUGGUGGUUCUGGCCCUGUGUCUGUCUGCUUACUACGCCUACAAGACCCGCAGCAAGAUUUGGCGCCACGGCAAAGCCAAUAUCUACUGGGAGGAACCGCUGGUCAGGCCAUCAGAGGGCCAGGAUGUACAAGACUGGGUGAACCAUGUUGGAGAGGUGUCUCAAACCCAGCAGACACGUACCGCACCUGACUUGAGGGCCGAGAAUAGUGUGGUCUCUUAUGGCAAUGGAACAGUCAGCAUUCACAGCGAGGGAAAUUGUAAAAACUACAGCUUCUCUGCUGACAACAAUAAGGGCCAGCAUGCUGAGUCUCUGUAUCAGAACAGGAGGGUCUCCAGCGGCUCUUCAGGAGAGACUGACGGUUUCAGGAGACCUCCUCCUUAUCAUGUGGAGAGAGAGUGGAGGAAGGACCCAGAGCCCAGACCUGCUGCUCAGGAGCAGAUGAUGGAGUCCCAAGAUGAAACUGGUUACACCACUGGAGAUACUGGCAAUGAGCUGGAUUGGGACCAUACAGAUUACCUCUACAGGCUGUACCCAGAGAUCAUUUCAGAUGAGCAGCGGCGGCAGUACAAGAAGGAGUUUGACUCUGAUCUGGCCCGCUACAAGAGCCUCUGUGCUGAAAUGGAUGAAAUAAGUGACCAGAUGCACAAGCUGAGCCGAGAACUGGACGCAUUGGAUGAGGGCUCCGUGAAGUAUCAGGGUGUGGCAGAUGAGUAUAACCGACUCAAAGACCUGAAAAGAACACCCGACUAUCAAACAAAGAAGAAGCAGUGCAAAGAACUUCGGCAAAAACUUUUUCACAUCAAACGUCUGGUGAAAAUCUAUGACCAAGGUCUUUGUUAGCUGGCUAAAGGAGCUGGCGAGGAGUUGUCCUCCGUUUUCUCUCAGUUUUCCUGCUUUGUUGUCAUAAUUGUUAGUUCGGCACACAGCUGCCAGACUCAUACUGGCUUUACAGUCGCUGAACCUCAGCUGACUUUGACCCUGCGGUUUACAACUUCAGUUGCAGUUGACAGAUGUCGGGAUAGCGCUGCUGAUAGACUUUUCCCCGUUUGGUUGGCACUGACAAUGUUUGAAUUUAUUGUGUUUUACAUUAGAUUUCACUUUCCGCUUCAGUGGCAGCUUUAUUUCUAUAAUAUUAAAUUGUUAAAGUAUGGGAACUUAUGAUUGGCAGUUUUUGUAUGGAACUAAUUUCAUGAAUGGAGAAAGAGCUACAGAAAAGGAGAAUAUUAUUUAAAUAAAUCAGCAGUUAAAACAA